UACUCGCCUCUUGGAGACAACAGCAUCAGGCUAUUGCAGAUCGAGGCAGUCACCAAUCCUUCAUUGAACCACGAGAGAGCUGCAAUACGGUGUCAAAUCCAUCAUUUCCAUAUUGCAAAGGCUCCGAAUUAUCGGGCGCUAUCAUACGCAUGGGGCAAUUCGGCGACUCGUUUUAUCUACUUGAACGAUCAGCGGAUCGAAGUUCGAAAGAACCUGUGGCAGGCUCUGUGGCACCUACGUAACAACAAUUUCUAUACCAAAUGGAUAUGGAUUGAUGCGCUCUGUAUCGAUCAGUUGAACACCGUUGAGAGGAACCAUCAAGUUUUGUUGAUGGGCCGCAUCUACAAGACCGCAGCGGAAGUUUUCGCGUGGCUUGGCUGUCUAAGCGACCUACCUUUUGGCUCCAGACGGAUCUUGCGGUAUGGUCUGCACAAUUUCGUUUCACUAUUUACGCUACAGUAUUGGCAAAGGAUGUGGAUUCUACAAGAAAUUGGACUCGCU